AUGCCGCGCCCUCCUAAGAACAAGCAGCCUGCUGUCGAGCCGCAGCCGGCUCCUGUGCCCGUAGCCCCCGCCGUCCACCACCAGAUCCCCCAGCAGCCCAUGGCCGUCGCGCCCCAAGCUCUCAACCUCAAGCAGACUCCCGUCAUCGAUGUCGCCCAGUUCAUCCGCGUCAGGGAUUCAGUCUACCAGCGGCUGCAGACUAUUCAGGACUUGAUUAGGAGCUUCUCCCAGGAUUAUCUGCGCCAGACCAACCUGCUCAUUGGCGAGGGCACCACCAUUGAAAAUGGCAACGAACUGGAUCGCAUCGCCUCCUCCAUCACCAACCUCAUGCCGGCUGUUGUCCCGCAGCCCCAGCCGGUCGUCGAGGAGAAGAAGGAGCGCAAGAAGCGUCAGCACGACCCCAAUGCCCCCAAGCGCCCCCUAACCCCCUACUUCCUGUACAUGCAGACUGCCCGCCCCAUCAUCGCCGCCGACCUGGGCGAGAACUGCCCCAAGGGUGCCGUGCAGGAUGAGGGCCAGCGCCGCUGGUCUGUCAUGAGCCCUCAGGAGAAGCUGGGCUGGAACCAGGCCUAUCAGUACAAUCUGCGACUGUACAACGCGCGCGUGCACGCCUACAAGCACGGCAACAUGAACGCCAAGAACAUGACCGAUGAGGAGGCCCGCAUCUACGCUGACCAGCACAACAUUCCCAUGCCGCCGCUGGCGCACGCCGAGGAGCUGAACCAGCAGCAGAACGAUCAAGAGGCGAUCGCUGAGCAGCUCAAGCAGACCCAGAACCAUGCCCAGGCUGCCGCGCAGGCCGCCCCCGUGCAGGAACAGCCCGCCUCUGUUGAGGAAGAGGCCCCCUCGGCCGAGGAGGAGCAGGCUCCCGCGAGCAAGACCCCUAAGAAGAAGGAAACUCGCAAUAAGCGGAAGAGCAUGGCGACUCCCGCCGCGCCGACCCCGGCGGCCGAGCCCGCGACGGACGCUAAGAGCGCCGCCGCCACGCCCGCCAGCCCCGAGACCAAGAAGCGCAAGCGCGUAUCCAAGGCUGCUGAGCAGGUCGAGGAGCCGAAAAAGUCGAGUCGUAAGAAGAGCAAGAGCGGUUAA